UCGACCUUCCUCGCCAUAGCAUCAAAAGCACACCUUUCUCACCACCAACAAUGCAGCGAGCCAGGAUAUUACGUUCUGGAAUAAGCACUGUGCGCAAGAGAUGUGUGGUCUCUGGCGUAGAGCUGCGAGCCUCGCGGCUGGCUUGGACACACCCCCGACACAAGUCAACGCAAGCAGAACCAGAGGACUCGUUAAAAGAGCCACCGCGAGUACGAGCACCCGCGCCGGGGAACAAAUUCAAGCAGCCUCGCGCGAACCGUGCUGAGUCUGCUAAAAUUGCAUCAAAAAUCUUGCGGGGUGGUUCUGGCACCGUACUUGAAGGGAUAUUGUCGAGAAUCGAGGGCCGGCGGCAACGGCUUGAGAGACUUGCCCAGCAGUCCAUUCUCUACAAAAAUCCUUUCAACGGCGUUUACACCGCUGGUCACGUUUUCACGCCAGGUCUCUGGCAUCAGAACUUGGAGCCUGGAGACCUGGUAUGUUGCGGUAAACAGAAAGAUUUUGGUGUUGUUGUGAAUGUCUACAAUGCCGGAUUCACACUAAAGGUGGUCAUAUUGACAGUGACACGCUCACUGCAAAUAGUGAACCAGAACGCGGCUUCAUUCUGCAUCAAGCAUUUUGUUCCUCGCAAAGUCGCAGAGGCGUGCCUCGUGCCGCUGACGCUCGACAUGUCUGACGUCCUGCUCACGAGUGGCAACGUUUACGUCGAUCAGACCGCCAAACGAGCUUCGCUUUCUUCGGACGAGGUUCCAGUGUGGAUUGCUCCUAUUCAAAUCGCUGAGCAGGUCUGUAAAAUCAUCCGCCAUUUCCAGACCGAGGCUAUGGCUUUGAAUGCCUCUUUGAUGCCAAUGGCAGAAGAAAUCCACCGGGAAUUAUCGGCGCAAGACGAGUCAAAGAUCAUGAGUCUCUUCGACAUUGCCGAUUAUAUCAGACCUCGGGUCACUUUUGACCCUAAAGCAAUCAACGUUUUCUAUUUUGCGGUUCACACUCUGAUUUCGGAAGACACUAUUCGCUGGCAGGCUGGAUCAUCGGUUGGGUUCAGGCAUCUGGAAUUUGCAGCAACGAGCAGAACACGGGUGGAGCAAGUCGAGCGAGGAAUUGAAUACGUUCGCGAUAUCAACGGCGAAGUAGCAAGGUCAUUUAUCGAGAAAUGUGUGAAACUGAUCAAAUAUUACCGGAAAUUUAACAAGUCCGACCCUGCAGAGAUCAACGCUGCCGAGCAACCUCACACGACAUUCUCAGACUCGGACCAAGCAAUCAUUCGGACGAUUAUGUUGCACCUGAGCCUUUACGCCUCAUCAGGGGAAAACCAAAAAAUUUUUUCUCUCGUUGGUCGGCUGUUGAGAGAGAUCGACAUGUGGGGGGAUUCUGUCGCCUUUGAAGCUAGUACUGCGCGGCAGUUGCUGUAUGAGAUUGGCGUGCUUCCUCGUUGGGUCGACUUGCGUUCGAUUAAUGUCCUCGAUGGACGUGAGGUUGCAGACUUGUCACAAAUAGUCUACAAGAAAGAUAAAAACCUGGGCGGCGGUGCGAUGAGAGGUGAAGGGAUGCCCAAGCUGGAGCUAAAAGACCGCAUGGAGAAGUUCCGUCAUGACUUUGGUGAUCUACCGGUGUACUGUGUCGAUGGACCAGGAGCCGAGGAGAUUGACGACGGAAUUUCGAUUGAAGCAGCGGAAGAUGGCGCGACGUGGGUGCACGUCCAUAUCGCCAAUCCUACGGCAUUCUUCCACAAGGAUGAUGAGAUUAUAACCCGCGCAGCAUCGAGAUGGGAGACCAUAUAUCUGAACGAGGGUUCUCGACCUUUGCUUCCGGCUGAGGUGAUUGCAGCUUCAGGGUUGAGAAGGCCAGAAGGAGAGGCUGAGGAUUCGCCGCGACCGGUCCUGACGUUUUCGAUCAAGCUUGAUGCCAAUGUUGAGAUCAUAGACUACGCCGUGCGACCUUCGCACGUCCGAAACAUAAAGUCAGUCACAUACGGGGAUCUGAGCGAGGCUAUGAACUGGGACUACUCGCUAGGUGACUAUGGUUUCCCGCAGCAGUACGAGCUACCAUAUGUCGACAACACAGGACGGAACACCGGCACUGCUCGUGUACUGUCAGAGUCAGACAAGCAGUCUUUGCAGCUCGGAUUCGAAGUGGCAGAGAAGGUCCGGAUCCGACGUGCGCGCGCCGGUGCACAAACCAGGCCGUCGAACCAUCUCGGUAUUGCGGUGAAUGAAGAUAUUAGGACGGUGUUUGGCUUGAUGGAGACUACUCCGUCGGAGCCCUCUUACGAAUUCCCGACGCCCGAUGCAAACAUGCGGGUUUACAGAGAUGUUUAUCCGGCAAGUUACGUGGUUUCUGAGUUUAUGUUGCUCGCGGGCCGCGUGGCGACGAUGUACGCAGCGGAGAGGAAUAUACAGUUGCCCUUCCGUCAUGGAUUAAUUGCGUCGUCAGAAAAGUUGGUUCCGGAAGAUUACACAAGGGCCGGAUUUCUCAAGUUGAUCUAUCCCAAAUCGUUCAAUCCUACAAAUACCUGGUACGACAUCGAACCAGGCCCGUCGGCCGAUCUUGGACUUCUCGAGGGAUACGCGCGCGUGACCUCUCCUCUUCGUCGGUAUCUCGAUAUGGUAGCGCACUUCCAGUUAGAGGCGAGCAUUCGUGGAGAGGAUCCGGUCUACACCAGGGAUGAGUUGGAAAAGCUGAUCAAGGGAUACCUGAAGUUCCAAGCGAGCGGCAAGAUCCUCAAACGAGGAGAGAGGGACUGGCGCAUGCGUUACCUGGAUCAACUAAAGCAGCAAGGCGGCUUGAAGCUGACGGUGAUUGUGAUGAGCAACUGCUUGUAUCCCGAACACACGCCGGGGUUUAACAUCGACUACGGCAUUCCGGUGUUUAUCUCUUGCGACCGCAGGUUAGAUCUCAAGAUCGGGGACUAUAUCGUGUGUGACGAGGUCGAGGAGAGCGAUCCCUUGCUGGGGCGUCCGAUCGUUAAGGCGCCGAGCGAGCUUACGCCGAAGACGCGCUACGAGUUUGCAGAGUGAGUACAAAAUUCUGAUGAUCUGUUCCAGAGCCGAUUCUAACGCAAGAUUAUAGGAGAACUGAUUAGGAGCUGGAGUAGUAUAUAGACAGAAGAUGAAUUGUACAUAUAUUUGAAAGCAAUACAAGC